CUCACCGUGAACAUGGAAACAACUUUUCCAAAAAUAGUGGAGACUCGGGAACCUUUGAAGGACCUGAGAGCCAGUGCUGAGGCUCUGGAGUUUUUUUCCAGAAUAGAGCCCAGUGAUCUGGAUCUCUGUCUCUUUCCGGAGUCUUUACAGACAGUAUCAGAUUCAGGAACGGAGGUCGGAGAUUUCACUGUCAGUGUCCAACCUGCCUAUUAUGAACAGGAUGGAGAAGAAGAGCAAAAAUGUUUCCUGGUUCAUGCCAGCAGUCACGGCACCAUUGACGGUGUACCGUGCGGAACCUCCAUAGUCGCUUAUGUUACACCGAAGCUGGAAACCCUAGAACAGCAUCUUCAUGAGUAUGUCAAGCUUAAAUCACAUUCUCUUGACAAGAAAAUUCAUAUGAAGAGACAAGGAGACAAGCUAGUGAUCAACAGAGUCAUUACAGAGGGCCAGCAAAUGCAGCAAGAAACAUCAUCACAUGACCUGAGCUCGCUGAGCGGGUUUAUUUCUGAAGCAUCAAACUUGCUGAUUAUGCGGCUUAUGGUGAGAAUGAAGAAUAAGGAACACUUGGACUUCCUAGCCUUCGACACAGAGAUGAACUUGUGUAUUUCUUCUUAUAGUGACCUCGGAUCCCAUCCCCAGGUUAUCGGGAAAGACACAGUGGAGGUUUAUGGCAUAGAAAGAACGAUUUACUCUGAGGAUAUCCCUAACACUUGGCAGUACUACUUCCUAUCAGACGGGCAUUUGGCUAGUCGGGUCCAGGUCGGCUCUCCUGUUUUCGUCAAACUAAUGGAAAUGCCCAUAUUGUCCGAGCCAGAGGAACAAGAUCCUAAACCUGUGUUUGAGAAGCAACCAUUGAAUUGGCAGGAUGAUGUACAACUCCAUUCAGAGUUCCUGGACAGAAAGGCGGAGCUGAUAUCAGAUCAUGAAACGUAUCUGCGCCAGCACCCUGAGAUGAAAAUUCUCCUGAGCGACUUCAUGCAGUUCCUUCUCCUUCAAAAACCUGAUGACGUCUUCACUUUCGCUGCAGAGUUUUUUGCUCCUUUUUCUUCAACAGCAGAAAGAGGCAACUCGUUCCGAUCGUCCAAGGUGUCUAACCCUUUCCGUGAUGUCACCAAUAAGACACAAGAAUCUUAA